AUGUCGUCGUUUAUGCUUGCGAUUGAUAUACGCACCUUCUCUAAAACUCCAUUUUACCCUCACGUCCAUCACGGCAAACCAGACCACACUGGAGUUAACCAAGCCACAGCGACGACAACGAGACCACCCCAGCAAACCAGACCACGCCGGUUGCUUCGAGAUCCGAUUCACCCAGCGACUUUGCUGGUUCCAGUGGUCAUCGAAGGUUCCAAAAUGUUGUGGGUUGGUAGUCAGCUGGAUGUGUAUACCUUUCCUUGUGUGUUGAGGACUUGUGGGGGCGUACCAGACUUGGCGAGGAGGAGGGAGGUUAACGUGCAUGUGUUAAGAGUUGGGUUUGAGUCGGAUGUCGACGUGGUUAAUGCUUUGAUCACACUAUAUGUUCUAAGUGCACGAUUGAUGUUCGAUAGAAUGCCGAGGAGAGAUAAGAUUUCGUGGAACGCAAUAAUUUCUGGGUAUUUUGAGAAUGGAGAGUGUUUGGAAGGGUUAAGAUUGUUUCUUUUGAUGCGUGAACUUUCUAUUGAUCCAGAUUUGAAGACCAUGACUAGUGUAAUCUCUCCGUGUCAGCUUCUUGGUCAUGUGAGAUUAGCCAGGGAAUUCCAUGGUUAUGUUAUGAGAACAGAGUUUGGAGUCGAUGUUUCACUAUAUAAUUCUUUAAUUCAGAUGUUUCGGUGUAUAAUUCUUUAA